ACAAACUGAGGGCGGAAGAAGCCAAAGAGACAAACUUAUGUCUCUUUAAACAGAAGAUGGAGACUUUAAACGUGAUCUAUGUUUCCUCGGUGGACUUUGCGGACUGUAAAGUGUCUAAAGCGGAGAUCCUGAGAGAAAUGAUCGCAGACAAACUGACCACAGCCGCGCAGGAAAUCUUAGCGGUUGUUGAGAGAACCGUAGCCGGGUACGAGGAGGAGGCUUCGGGCUUCAGACAGGAGAUCGACCGGCAGAGGAGACAGCUGGAGGUUCUCCUGCAGCCUCAGGUCAAACUCUGCAGGAUAGAUGAUGAAGGACUGUUACCUGUAUGUGAGGAAGAGGAGGAGGCUGGUGGAGAUAAACUCCCUGAAAAAGAGGAAGAGCAGCACACACAGCAGACACACUUGGAGGACAGCUGGAGCCAGGACGUCUUACACCACACUGAGGAAGAGGAGGGUGAAGAUGAGGAGGAGGCUGCUGAAGAGCCAGCACAGAGUACCAGUCCAGACCAGCAGGAUCAGACAUCAAACACCAGAGGUCAGUCUGUGAAGAGGAAGAACCGGAGACCCGGACCUUUAAAUCUCAGAGUCUGUCUGUUGAAGGACUCCGUGACCAGCGUGCAGGGUCGAAGGUCUUCACAAGUGACGAGGUCUUCGGUGCAGGACGUCAAGUGUCCUCGUGGCCUGCAGGAGGCCGACUUCCUGGACCUGCUGAGGUCCAGAUUCCCUCAGCUGACCGGACGGUUUGACGUCUUCACAGCCGACGCCUCCAAGAAACUGUGGCCGCUGGAAGUUGGAGCGCUGACAGCAGAGGAGAUCCAGAGGUCCAUCCAGUCCACCGGGAGACGAAGAUCAGCCCUGUAUGUCCGAGCAAAGGUUGGAGAUGAAGAGCAGACCUGCGAGGAAGACGGAGAACGUGACAACACAGCCGAUUCCCUGACCGUCUCCACGACAACCAGUGAUGACACCAUGAAACAUACGAGCGAUCCUGUUUCAAGAGUUGAGAUCAACAAAGAAGACGCUCUGCCCAGCAGCGCAAGAAUACAGGAAACCGAGGAUGAUGAUGAUGAUGAUGAUGAUGGCGGUACUUCACUAGACCCCACCAGUGACUCUCCGGCGCCCUCUCCUGCUCGCUCCGCAGCUGACAAGGAGGAGAAUCACGUGGACGAUGACAGAAAUGAGGACCAGAAACCAGACGAGAGCGCUACCGACGCAUCGAAGAGGAAACGCCCGGUUUUACCGCCAUCUUUCAGCUCCGCAGAGGACGGCGAAGGGGAAGCUGGUGACGAGGAUGUCAGAGAUGAUGACGGGAAGCCAGACGAGGACGAUGAAGCACCACAGUCAUCAAACACAAAAACACGGCACUCACUGCAACUCAGGGUCUGCUUGCUGAAGGACAUGCAGACCAACGUGCUCUCAAAAAGAGCCUACAAACAUCCAGUGCAGAAGCUGACGUGUCCUCGUGGCCUAAGGGAGGCCGACUUCCUGGAUCUGCUGAGGUCCACCUUCCCUGAGCUGCCCGGAGGUGACCGACCGUUCGAUGUCUUCCUGACUGACAAAUGCAAGAGACUACAGCCUCUGAGAGUAAAGACGCUGACGCCAGAGGAGGUCCACAGGUCCAUCAAGUCCACCGGGAAAGGAAGAUCGGCUCUUUACAUUCGACUGAAGACAGCAAAGAAAUCCCUGAUCAGCAAGGAGCGACUUCCUCCUCCACAGAGAAAAGACGAAGCCGCCAGUGACGCUCUGUCCACCUCUUCAGCACUGACAGGAAGUGAUGAAACCAGACCGCAUGCAAGUUCCCACAACAAAGAAACAGAGGAAACAGAGGACGGUGAUGACGGAGAAGAUUGUGGAAUAUCAGAGCCGGACAAAAUUAGAGCCAUUUCUUCUUCCUGCCCCGCAGCUGAGAGCAAAGGGGACGAUGAUGAUGAUGAGGAGGAGGAGGAGGAAGAGGAGGAGGUGAUGGUGGACGACAGAAAUGGCGACUGGAAACCAGACAAGUGUGAUGAGGAGCUGGAGGAGAGUGAACUUGAACCGAAUUCAUCCAAGACAGCGAGGAAGCCACAAGUCAAACAUUCAGGUGUCAAAACAAAGAGAAGCAAACGGAUCCAUUCGUCUCCGAAGGCGUCGACUGAGAACAGUGAUGCUCUUCUCUCCUGUAAAGUCUGCACAGUUCUGUGCACGUCGACGAACAUGUUGGUAAAACACGUCUGGAGUCAUGUGGACGAUCCAGAGAGAGUUUGUGGAGUGUGUGGAGAACAUUCAGAGUCUGCAGAGGAGCUGAGGAGUCACCUUCAGAGUCACCAGAAAACUCACAGCUGCAACAUCUGCGGAAAGUCUUUCAUGACUGUUUCUAGUCUAAACAGGCACGCUAGUCUUCACACAGAAAAGAGACAGUACAAAUGUGAUGUCUGCCAUAAAGCUUACACUCAUAAGUCGGGUUUGAAGAAUCACAAGUGGGAGCACGUGGAGGAUAAACCACACAAAUGUGACAUCUGCCACCAGUCUUUUGGUUUCCCACAGCAGCUGAGGAUUCACAUGAGACGCCACACAGGUGAGAAACCGUACCGCUGCAAAGAGUGCGGUAAAUCUGUCAGUGACUUCCGAUCUUUAACCCGACACAUGCUGCUUCACACUGGGGAGAAACGUUACAGCUGUCAGGUCUGCGGGAAACAUUUUUUACUUCCCGGAAAACUGAAAGAACACGAGAAAAUCCACACAGACAGAAGCAGAACGCACCUCUGCCACGUUUGCUGCAAAACGUUCCACAGACCAGGUGAGUUAAAAGCUCACCUGGAAACACACAACAAGGCGAGGUCGCACAUGUGCGGCGAAUGCGGCAAGGGGAUGUCGUCUCGAGGAGCUCUGAAGAGACACAUGAUAAUCCACAGUGGGGAGAGACCGUACGGCUGCUCAGAGUGCGGACAAACUUUCAGCUGCUGGAACGUUCUCAGAUCCCAUCAGAAGACGCAUUCAAGCUUGAAACCGUUUGUUUGCGGGGUUUGUGGGAAAACCUUUAAGAAAAAAGAGUACGUGACUGUUCACAUGAGGACGCACAACGGAGAGAGACCGUACAAAUGUUCUCUGUGUGACAAAGCCUUCACCCAGAGUCACUGUGUGAAAACACACAUGAAGAGUCACCAGAGGGAGGAAAAGUCAGCAGUGGAUGGACUGAUGCUCGGUUGAUGGACGUCUGUUCUAGAGUUGUAAUAUUUGGAGUUAAAAAUGUAAUAACUCGUCAUAUAUUGUAAGAACAAAUUAAAAUUUUGAUGUGUUAUGUA